UCUGCUGUCUGAUGUACGCCAGCUUUCUGUUAUAUAUGCCCAUUCUAGGGAUAGAUAGAGCUGUUUGACGUAAGACUGCUCUGUUGUCUGCGAUACGCUGUCGGUAGCAGACGACAUCAUUGAAAGCAUGGCGUGAACCUAAGCGUUAUUCAUACGGUAAAAAGAGACGUCAUUCAUUUUUAAUUUUUUUUCUUAAAGUAAGAUGUCGACUUUUAGCCUAGGCAACUUCAAUUCAAGAAAAAUGUUUUAAUAAGGAGAACAAAGCUAGAAAGUAACUCGAGGAAUGAGUUUAUACAAGUUUGCAGCUCCGAAGAUCAGUGGUUCUUUCGGAUUGGUCAAGUUCUUUUUGCGAAGUGAUAUAUAAUUGGAAUGACAGUUAUAGUGGACAGAUGUUUCGGACCAACACGUGGAUAAUGUAGCAUGGUAUCGAUUAAAUACAGGUAUUAACAGAGAUGCCUUCCCCAAACCAGUUCCGGAAACCGGAAGGUACUGCGUACCAGGAUAUUAGUGGCACAUUCAGCAUCAUCGUGGAGCUUGUAAUGGUGGUGGUCAACUUCCUUCCUCUAGUUGUGAUCAUCAAAUGGAAGAAAUAUCGGGAACGAACGACGACAGAUGAUCUUGUUAUCGUUCUAAGUGUUUCCUACAUCGUAUCUGUUCUUGUGCCAACUCCUCUCGGACAUAUCAGCUACUUCCAUCAAAAAUGGUACGGCGGGAAACCGAGUUGUAACUUUUAUCAAGUGACUAGCACGUGGUUUCGUCUGACGUCACUCUUCCUUGUCACUAUCCUCUCCAUCGACAAAUCGUUCGCCGUUUAUCUAUAUAGGGCCCGCAAUUUCACAGCACGUUACCACGGAAAGUUCAAAAUAGUGGCUAGCGUGGCAGUUAUUAUAUUAUUUACUCUUAUUGUAUCAUGUAUGCCUGUCAUGGGGUUCGGCCCCGAUUCAUCUACCGAUACUCGAUGUGAAUCUUGGAUCAGUGCUUCACCGAAAAAAAGGCGGGAACACUUAUUUUCGUAUUUAUUUUUAUUUUGUGGAUUUGGAAACUUUUUAUGUGUGUGUUUGACGAAUUUUUACAUGUCAUGGAGUUUGAGAAAGUUAAAGAAAAACCUGUAUGCAGGAGGAGAUCGCUACAGAUCAACUUCCAGCCAAAGUGCCGUGAGAUGGCAGAUCGAGGGCAUUGUCGUCCUGCACGGCGUCAAAAUGGUUAUGGCGGUAUCUGUGCUUCUAUAUAUAACGUGGUUUCCUACACUGAUUUUGAUCACUCUACGGAAGGUUGGGCUGAAGAUAAGCGACAUCUCCGUCCUAUAUGCUCUCCUCAGCACAUCUCUGUCUGGGCUCCUUAAUCCCAUUAUCUUCGGUCUCUUCGACAAAUCCUACCGCCAUGGUUACAAGAAAAUACUAAAGUCUAUAAAACUCAGCUGCAGGUGUAGAAAAAGCGAGUUCCAACAAAUACAAGCCGUAUCAUCGGAAUCCAAUGUGCCUAGGUCGGCCUCUGAUGCUGUUCAGCUGUCCGCAAACAACUACCGAGAUCCUCUCCCGAACUCCGCAUCGACAGGCACUUCCGCUUCCGGUCUGAACAAUGUUGCAUUUUGUGACGUCACAACACACAAUGUGGAAGACAGUGAACGAAAGGCAGAAAAUAGUGCUCUUUUAAAAUACAUAGGGUCUGACAAAGGUCGAAAAGACAAUGAAAGAACGGGUUUAUUGGAAAAUUCCUCAUAUUUUGCAUCGUCGUCAGCUUUCGGAGGACCUGCAGACCCCGAUAACGAUUCCCAUUCGUCGUCAUCAUCGCUUUUAUCAUCAAAUUGUGAUUCGCAAGAUGACAGAUCCUGCUCGUCGAGUGAGGAAGACGAGGAUGAAUUCGAAUACGACGAGUCGGUUGUAGAAGAAAGUACGAUGUAGUGUUCAUUUAUCUGUGUGUUAGAUAAAUUAUUAUUUCUUGAAUAAAACAAGUCUAUAAAA